UGUGCUCCUGAUUCCUUUCCGCCAGCUUCCGGCUGUCUCUCGGUAACUGCCCAAACUUCCGCUCCGCCCAGCACCCUCCGGACCGGCUGUUGCCUCGCCCCGUCCCCUGCUCCGGCCCCGCCAUGCCUGGCUUCGUACCCCGCCACAUCUCGGUGUUCCCCUCCCCGCAGGAGCUGGGCUCCUCCCUGGCGCAGCUGGUGGCCCAGCGGGCGGCCGAGUCCGGCGGCCGCUUCUCGCUGGGGCUGUCGGGCGGGAGCCUGGUGCGGAUCCUGUCCCAGGAGCUGCCCGCGGCCGCCGCCCUCUCCGGCCCUGCUGCCCCCGCCCGCUGGGUCCUGGCCUUCUGCGACGAGCGGCUGGUGCCCGUGGAGGACCCGGAGAGCACGUACGGCGCCUACAAGACUCACCUCCUCUCCAAGAUCUCCAUCCCAGAAAAUCAAGUGGUUAUCAUUAACCCCUCACUACCUGUAGAAGAGGCUGCUUCAGAUUAUGCUGAAAAGUUAAAAGAGGCCUUUCAAGGUGAGAACAUGCCUGUCUUUGAUCUGCUGAUUUUGGGAAUAGGGCCAGAUGGUCACACCUGCUCCCUAUUUCCAGAUCAUCCACUUCUGCAGGAAAAAGAGAAGAUAGUUGCCUCUAUUAGUGAUUCUCCAAAGCCACCACCUGAGCGGAUAACUCUAACAUUGCCUGUUCUGAAUGCAGCACGGACUGUUGUGUUUGUUGCUACAGGGGAAAGUAAAGCUGCCAUCUUAAAGCGUAUUUUGGAAGGCGAUGAGGAGAACCCCCUCCCUGCUGCUCUUGUCCAGCCUCAUACUGGAAAGCUGCACUGGUUUCUGGAUGAGUCUGCAGCCAAGGAGCUGACUGUUCCCUUCGAGAAGCACUCUAUCUUGUAGAACCAAACACUUGACUGGGUUUCAGGGUGGCGAUUCAGGAGCACUGGCUGCAGUUCUUGCAUAGAGCCAGCUCUACAACAUUCCAGAUUGAGGACUCUGGUUGUAGUACUUGAAUGUGGCACUAAAUUAACACUGUCUUUUGUUUCUCUUUUUUUAAGCAAGUGGUACUUUGUGGAGCACUGUAAUAAUCUGUGGUCGGGGAGGGGAGCUAUAAGACUCUCAAAGCUGGUCUCUAGCUGCAAAUGGAAAUGUUGGAGAUUGCAGAGGAGGACAGUAUGAUGCAGUCUGUCUUGUGAACGGUUAAUGUGUAAAGUGAAUGCACAAUAUUAAAGAUGUACAUUUCA